UGAACGAUGGCCAUUCAUGUGGACGGGCUGCUGGCCAUCAUCAUCUUCUAUCUGCUGAUCCUGGCGGUCGGGAUCUGGGCGGCGUGGAAGAACAAGAACUCCGGGAUCUCAGCGGGAACGGACCGCAGCGAGUCCAUCAUGGUCGGAGGAAGAGACAUCGGCCUGUUCGUGGGAGGAUUCACCAUGACCGCCACAUGGGUGGGCGGCGGCUACAUCAACGGGACAGCGGAGUCUGUGUAUCUGCCCGGCUCCGGCUUGGCUUGGGCUCAGGCUCCGUUCGGAUACGCGCUCAGUCUGGUCGUGGGCGGGCUGUUCUUCGCCAAGCCCAUGCGCUCCCGAGGAUACGUGACCAUGCUGGACCCGUUCCAGCAGCUCUAUGGGAAGAGGAUGGGCGGCCUGCUCUUCAUCCCUGCGUUACUGGGAGAGAUGUUCUGGUCAGCGGCCAUCCUGUCAGCGCUGGGGGCGACGCUCAGCGUGAUCGUGGACAUCAACAUCAACGUGUCUGUGGUGAUCUCGGCGCUGAUCGCGGUCUUCUACACGCUGGUCGGAGGACUGUACUCUGUGGCCUACACUGAUGUUGUCCAGCUCUUCUGCAUUUUUCUGGGUUUGUGGAUCAGCGUGCCGUUCGCUCUGUCCAGUCCUGCCGUGUCGGACAUCGGAGUGACGGCCGUCACCGCAGUGUUUCAGCCUCCGUGGCUCGGAGAGAUCGACCCGUCCGACGGCUGGAUAUGGGCCGAUAACUUCUGCCUUCUCAUGCUGGGCGGGAUCCCGUGGCAGGUGUAUUUCCAGCGGGUUCUCUCGGCCUCCUCUGCUAGUUAUGCUCAAGUCCUGUCGUUCCUGGCCGCUUUCGGCUGUCUCGUCAUGGCCAUCCCGUCCGUCCUGAUCGGGGCCAUCGGGGCCUCCACAGACUGGAACCAGACGUCGUACGGGCCGGUUCCUCCGGUGGAGAAGGACGAGUCGGACAUGAUUCUGCCCAUCGUGCUCCAGCACCUCUGCCCGCCCGCCGUCUCUUUCUUCGGUCUGGGCGCCGUCUCCGCCGCCGUCAUGUCCUCCGCCGACUCCUCCAUCCUCUCCGCCAGCUCCAUGUUCGCCCGCAACAUCUACCAGCUCGCUUUCCGGCAGUCCGCGUCGGACCGAGAGAUCGUGUGGGUGAUGCGGAUCACCAUCUUCGUGUUCGGAGCGCUGGCCACGGCCAUGGCCCUGCUGACGGGCUCCGUGUACGGCCUGUGGUACCUGAGCUCGGACCUGGUGUACGUCAUCAUCUUCCCUCAGCUGCUCUGCGUGCUGUUCGUCAAGGGCACCAACACCUACGGGUCGGUGGCGGGGUACGUGUUCGGGCUCCUGCUGCGGGUCGGCGGAGGCGAGCCGUACCUCCGGCUGCCUCCCUUCAUCUACUAUCCCGGCUGGCGGCCGCGGGAGAAGCAGCACCGCCUGACGCUGGAGGUGGAGCGCUACGUGGAGCAGAGGUUCCCCUACAAGACCGUCUCCAUGCUCGCCUCGCUUCUGAGCAACGCCGCCUUCUCCUAUCUGGCCAAAUACCUGUUCGAAAGCGGCACUCUCUCGCCCAAGUACGACUUCCUGGACGCAGUGCUUUCCAAACACAGCAAGGAGACGAUGGACAAGACGACGCUCGUCACGCACGACAACAUCGUCCUGUCAGAGCUGGCUGCGGUGAAGCCCAGGCACGGAAGCUCUCUAGCGGGAACGUUCGUGAACACAGACGUGCUGACGGACGAGGACACCGUCAGCCCAGACCCCGACACCCGGCACCAGCAGAGACACUGCUGA